AUGGCCUUUUCAACGGCCAUGGACUGGAGCAAAGGAGAAGCAAAGAUGCACUCCCUGCUCCAUGUGCCGCCGCAAGACAACCCAACAUCCACCAUGCUCACGCCACAGGCAUCUUUCAUGCUGCAGCGCGCACCUCUCCUCGCGUUUGGAACCCUGGACAACGAAGCUCGGCCCUGGACUGCACUCUGGGGCGGCGCCCCGGGCUUCUCUGGGCCCAUCGGCGACGAUUUCGUCGGCACGCGGACGCUGGUCGACGGCAAGUACGACCCCGUUGUGCAGGCGCUUGUCGGCGGCGGCGAAAAGGGCGAGAUGGUGCGGCCGGAGGGCGAGGGGAAGAUGAUCUCGGGGCUUGCACUCGAUCUGGUGACGCGCAAACGCGUCAAGCUCGCCGGGAAGAUGGCCGCAGGCAGCCUCCGCUCGGUCGAGGUCGAGGUCGAAGAGGGGGCUGAAUCGCCAGCCGACGCGCCGCCGACGCAAGACCAGAUCCAGCUCGUCACCGAGAUUGAGCAGAGCAUGGGAAACUGCCCCAAGUACAUGAACCAGUACGAAAUCCACCCCGCGCUGCUCGCACCGAGCGUGCUCUCCUCAGGCCCUAGUCUCUCGCCCGAAGCAGCGUCUCUGGUAGAAAGAGCAGACAUGUUGUUCCUGUCGACCAGCGGCGGAGCAGACAUGGACACGAACCACCGCGGCGGCGCACCGGGCUUCAUCCGCACCAUCUCGGCGUCACGCAUAGUCUACCCAGAGUACAGCGGGAACAGACUCUACCAAUCCCUGGGCAACCUGCAGCUCAACCCGCUCAUCGGCGUGACGAUCCCCGACUUUGAAACCGGCAACGUCCUGUACACCACGGGCCGGGCCUCGAUCCUGAUCGGCCCCGACGCAGAGAAGAUGAUCCCCGGCAUCAACCUCGCAGUCGAUAUCACCCUGACAGAAACCCGGCUCGUCAAGCACGGCCUGGCAUUCAGAGGAACGCUGCGUCCAAACGGGCACUCACCGUACAACCCCCGCGCACGCCAUCUCGCGCGCGAGGCGAGCCUGCUGGAAUCGCCAUCGCAAACAAAGAGCGCACGCUUGGUCGCAACCCAGCUCCUCGCGCCAGACGUCGCGCGCGUCACCUUCUCCGUGCCCGGCGGCCUCGCGUACAGACCAGGGCAGUGGAUCGCGCUGAGUUUCAGCGAGGAACUGGGGCUCGGGUACAGUCACAUGCGCGACGACGACCCGCGAAGUCUCAACGACGACUUGGUGCGCACGUUUACCAUCUCCUCUGCUCCGAGCGCGGCGGGGUCGGGAGACGACUCGUUCGCGCUCACGCUGCGCCGCGUCGGCCGGGUGACGGCGCACUUGUUCCAGCAGUCUCCGCGCGCCGGCUCUGCAGUCCCGAUCCUAGGCGUCGGGGGCGAAUUCACAAUCAAGCAGGGUGCAGGCGUGACGCCGUUCGUCGCGGGCGGAGUCGGGAUCACGCCGCUGCUGGGCCAGCUCGGGGGGCUCGUGCUGGAGAGAGACAGGUUUGUGCUGUUCUGGGCUGUCAGGGCGGGGGACGUUGGGGUUGUGGGUGACGUGCUUGAGCGGUGUCCGGAGCUGGCUGGUGUUGGUGAGGUUUUCGUUACUGGGUCGUCUGAGGCGGGGAGGCGGGAGUGGGAUGGAGUGCGGCGGGCGGGUGUGAGCGUGCAGUUUAGAAGGCUGGGGGAGAGUGAUUUGGAUGUUGUGCGCGCGGAGAGGUGGUAUCUGUGUGCUGGGAAGGCGUUUAGGGAGCAGGUGCUGAGUUGGCUGCCGGGGCGGGAGGUGGUGUUUGAGGACUUUGGGUACUAG